AUGAAUAGCUCUCAGUCUAACAACAAUAAUACCAGUAGCAAUAACAAUAACAAUAACAAUAACAAUAACAACAAUAACAAUAACCAUCAUCAUUUCCCAAGUCUUGAUAUUAACGAACUAUCUCAGUACCAUCUUGGAGCUCAACCUCCAACAUCUCUCAGCUCUUACCAAUACCCCGACCCAAAUGCAUCAUCAUCAUCCUCUUCUAUCAAACGUAAACGCUCAUAUAUCCUGGGCGAUAAGCCCGGCCCACAACCCCACCGACAAGAACCCCCAAAUAUAAGGCUCGAUGGUAAUGGAAUCUAUCAUAAUAAUAAUACUAGUCAACAUCUUGACCCAAGUCAUCAUUUCCAGCUCCCAUCUCCUGUAAAUACUCAAACGUUUGCUCCUUCUGAUCCAGCUAAAGAUGCUCUUUGGUCUUCUGCUGAAGAUCAAGGCCAAACGGCUGCUGCCGUUAGAAACAUUUCUCCAUGGAACGGAUCCAGUCACCAAAUGUAUGACAACACCAUGCCAUUUUAUAAUAUCCAUUCAAAGACCGUGACUAGUGAUCAGUGUCAAACUUCUCUUUCCGAACAUCGACCAUACAACCCUCUUCUACUACCUCAACCAAAUCCCUUGUAUAGCAGUAGCAGCAGUAGCGGCAGCAGCAGUAGCGGUAGCAGCAGUAGCGGUAGCAGCAGUAGCAGUAGCAGUAGCAGCAGUAGCAGUAGCAGUAGCAGCAGUAGCAGUAGCAGUAGCAGUAGCAGCAGCAACAGCAGCAGCAGCAGCAACAGCAACAGCAACAGCAACAGCAACAGCAGCAAUAGCAAUGGCAGUAGUGGUUCUGACGCCACGCAGUACGAUUCUGGUACCGGUAACACUACUGCAACAUUACCCACCACUUCUGAAAAAAUAACUAGUGGGGGUACAUCAAGCAUAGAUUCUUAUGGAGUUCCUCUAAAAUAUCAUCAUCAUCAACAACAUCAACCAUUACCUCCUCCAAAACAACAACAACCAUCUCUGACUGUUCUUGGAAACCAGACUCAAUCUCACUAUGGAGAGACUUACAAACGAGAUGAAAAUUCUUCCCAUCUACAAAAACCUUCCCAAAAUGCAGCAACACACGUUAAACACACAAACCAAACCUUUUUCAAUAAUGCCUUAGAUACACUAUCUAAAUCCAUGGAUUUUAAUCUAACAAACCCAAAGAGCAAUAAUAUAGAAUCAUGUGUUAACAUUAAUCAACUACUUUCUGGAAAUACACCAUCGCUGACUAACGUUAAUACUAAUAACAAUCAGCCCAACAAUACCUAUUCUCAAGACAAAAAUCUUAACUUUGACAACAACCUGUCUACUCCAAACAUAACCGAAAUUGAAAAAUCAUUUGGUAUCAAUCCCUCUCCUGUCCCUCCAGAAAGUUUUAAUGCCGAUACUUCAUUUGUUGUGACACCCUUAAACCACAACUUGGAAAAGAAACAGAGACUUCCUUCAUCCAUUACAAAAACUCAUAUCCAAUUAUCAAGUAUAGAACGACCAAAGUACUUAGACCAGCUAGACAUUAGUAAUACAUAUUUCGAACUUUUCCCUGGCUUAGUACUACCCGGUAUUGAAGAGGAACAUAAUUCUUUUAAUCAACCAAAAGAGGGGAAAAUUGAUGUUUUUUUGGAUCUAACUACGGAAAAAUCACUAAUUUAUAUUCCUCAUCGGAAUUUUAAAAAAAAAGAUUUAAUGACUUUAUUUUUCCGGCCUAUCAUUGAUAAAACAGAUUAUUCCAGUAAUACAGUCAUUCAAUAUCAUCGAAAUAGCUCAACCGACAAUAACAAUAAUGCUAGUCUUACAACCCAGCAUAUUUUGACAAUUCAUACUCCUCUCCAAGAUACAUUUAGUAGCGCUCUUCAAUAUUUUGAUCCGGUAACCAACCCAGACGCACACUCCUACCUAAAACUCUAUUUCGAUUUAAUAUAUCUCAAAGGUGAUGAAAAAGAUGGCGAAGCUCUCAAAAACUUGUUUAAUAGCUUUUGCCGCACACCCUUCCCUGCAUUCACUAGUACCAAUCUGACAAAUCAACGUUGGUUCACAAACGUACUAAAACACAAUACCCAAAUAUGGAAUAUCGUCACUGAACUUAAAAAACAGUCUUUGAUACGAGAUACUAGAAACAACAUCAUAGAGCAAUUGAGCUCUGGUGUCAAAACAAUCAAGGUUUGUAACGGUCUCUGUUAUGCUUAUACGAGCUCACAGUAUACGGUAAACAAUAGCCCUCUUCCCAACGUUUUGUACAAGUGCCCCCGGUGUACCAGCACAGAAACCAUUGAUUUGGAAUACACUUCACCCAAGCUACUAGUAAGCCACAUGAUGUGCAAUCCAACUUUAGCGCGGCUGAUAAAAACUUCUCCAACGGCCCAAACCAAAAGCCCAAUCGACAAUGUUUUUGAGUCCAACGUUGUUAAGCGACUCCGCGAAAAGGGGUACCUGAAAACCCCUUACGAGCUGUUAUUUUGCUUGUCAUUAGUCAAUACUAGCGUCUAUAAAACUGCCACUGGUGUGGAGCUCAUCCAAAUCAAUCUCAUUUUGCUCAACCUCCCACCUAGUGAACGAUACCUCAAGGAAAACAUGUUUCCAAUCUUUUAUCUACCAAAGUUCACCAGCAACUGGCACAAUAUUUCUAUUGAUUCCUAUUUCCAGGCCAUUGUGAAUGACUUUAAAGACCUUGGGUCGGUUGGCUUCAGAGUUUAUGAUGCUGAUGUCAAACAAUGGAAAAUCAUGAAGGGGUAUCUUGGGUUUAUUACAGGAGACUUGUCUUCAGUCAGUUUGGCCAUGGGUUAUGUUUACGAGUUUGGCAAUUACCCCUGUCGGGUAUGUGGUGCAAAGACUUGCAAUAUUGAUUUACACCAUCAACAUCUUUUCACAAGCAAUGGUGUUGAGGCAAGUGGCACUGUAUGCAACUUCCAGCUCAAUCCAACUGACCUACCAUUUAAGCCUGAUGAAACCCUCAAGGAUAAUGAGUGGUACCAAAAGUUUCAAAAUCUUUUAGAUGUUGAGAGUGGCAAGUUCCCCAAGGACAUUUGCAAGGUUGAAGGUAUUAACCACCGCAAUGUGUUUUUAGAGCUAGACACUAUUUUCCUUCCAGACUCAUUCCCAUUUGACUUUAUGAAUUUCCAUUAUUCUUCUACUUGCAGAAAAAUCCUCACUCUUGCAUUUAGUACUACUGAAAACUGCUACCGCAGAAAUAUACCAAAGUUUUCCCAAACAAUUGGCGCUCAUAACAGGUUUUGUCACGUCCUUGAUUUUUUUAAUCGAGCGCUUCCUUCACAAUGGUUGAAGGAAAAGUUUGAUUAUGAGAAAAUUUUAAAGGGAUCUCCAGGAGCUCUUUCAUCUGUGCAAGCAAAGCAGUUCCUCGAUCUCUUUUAUAUUAUUUAUUUCGAGGCCUUGAGUGACCAGAGUAAUUCCGAUGGUCUCAACUUGGGCAGCGAUAUCGAAGAUAUUCUUAUUUUGGAAUUUACUUUGAUUUUGCAAAUCUCCAUUUCAAGAGAAAUUAGUCCUACAUUGUUGGAUUUUUUGGAGAUUUCCUUUGCUCAUUUAGUCAAAAGACUAGAACGCAUUGUCAUUGAUGGGUAUUCCCAAGGAGCCAAUCUCUCCAUAUUUUCAUUAACUGUGCACUCAAUCCAGCACAUUACAUACUACAUUCGUAAAUGCGGGAACCUUUCCUCAUUUAACAGCCAUAAUCUGUGCAGAUCAUAUUGUGACUUUAGCGAUAUCCAGGAUGAUUUCUUUGGCGGAGUCAAUAGUAACAGAGGCAACAAAAAGUCCAUUCAAAAGAUUAUGGACUUGAAUCUGCAGAAUCUUGCAGUCCGUCUGAUCUUGCCUGCCGAAAGUCAUUUUCACACUGGAAGCUGUACUCUUGUUGAGCCUCGUCAGGGGUAUUUCCCCAUCAACAAGUCAUGGGAAACCCUUUCUCUUUUGGAAAAGUACCAAGAGAUUGAGUCCAAAGGUGAUGUAUUUGCCACGGCCAUUUUCUACUCAAAGCUUAAUCGUCUAGUUUGGAGAUUUUUCAAAAGAAAUAAGACUUUCCAACUUUGCAUGGUGGACCCUCAAACGAAGGCUGUAAUUUUCCCUCAACAAAACGACUUGUUUUUGGACCCUGCCAAGUGCCAACGUUUUCGGGCAUGUGAAUUUGCAUCCACAAAAGCACAAACUCGUAUCGACAAUGUGGCGCGGCUCAAGUCCAAGGAUAAAGCUCGGUAUGCUCUAGUGCAUGAUUUUGUCAAGAUCCGAUUCACGGUUGCUAAUCCAGAUGGAACCAAUGUACGUGAGAUGGAAAAGGGGUUUGUACUUUUCACAGAGCUGACAACGCAACUUAAGAAAAUUGAAGUUUCUUCGGAGGUUGUUGAUCCUAAAAACAUGUUCCCCAAGGGAACUAACUUUGGACCAUCAUCUAUUCUUGACAAUACUGGUAAGGUUGGACUUAAGUCCAACAUUAUCUAUGGGUAUUAUUAUACGUUCCCCUAUUGCGAGGAAGAGGCAGCAGAUUAUGCUUCCUUUGGCCGUUUGUAUUGUGAGCCACCCAUGGAACAGCGUUGGGAUGUUGCACCUGCGGAAUCUUUGUCUAACCCAGUCUACUCGAUUCCCAUUGUUUCUCGGGACCAAAAGACUGUGAAUGUACAUUUGUUUGAUACUCGCUAUCAUUGUGAGCUUCUUGCUGGGAAUAAGCAUGUUUUGAUUGAUGACUGUGGACCGGAAAAUGAAUACAAUGAGAUAUACGGAAAGGCCAGUAACAAAUGA